AUGCGAAUGGAAUAUACAUAUAGUUAUAGAAAUCAAGUAACUAUACUAAAACAGGAUAGUCUAAAGAAGCCAAUCCUGAUGAUUUUAAUUCUAAUAACUGUUAUAGUAAUAGUGUAAAGACAUAUAACUGGAGUAGUAGCAAGUCUAGUAAAGGAGGCUGUGUAUCAUCUAUAAGUUCCGUAUUCUCUAUUUUCAUUGAAAUCCUAUUGCUAUGGUAAUUAAUUUUCAGGAGAUACGCCAAAUAUAAAUUGA